UUAUUUUAUUGUCUAAUUUAAAAUUGAUUUAAUUAAGUAGGAAGAAGUCCAAAAUACUUAUACUCAAAUCUCAAUAGUAAAAUUCCAUAAAUUCUACUUAAAAUAAUGUCAUCUAAAUUGCUGGUUCACUACGUUUGCGAAAAUCAGUUCACAAGAAGAAAUAUUCAAACUCCACUCUAGGGUUUAUUAGUACUUCUAUCUUCUCCUAGAUCAAUCGCCGCUUUGUUCCUUAAAUACUGACAGGAAUCGGCAAUCAUGAACUGUGAAGUUUGCCAGCUCAAAGAACUUGAUGUGGAGCACUUUGAGAUACGAGAAAUCCUUCGAUGUAUUUUACAUACAAUUAUGUUCCACAGAGCAUUAGGUCUGCUGCGGCCGAAGGAUGUUGAUUUGGAACUUUUUGACAUUACAUAUACAGAGUGUGGUGAUGUGGAGGUUGAAAAGAAAAUUGAAGAGAAGAUUACCCAAUUCAUUGAUAGGGUUGAGAAGCACCCUAACAGGAAAAAUCAGAUUUGCCUAUCCUUCUUCGAAGUCAAAAACAAACAGGCCUCAUGGUUCACUACUAAAGUUGAACGCUUUUACUGGGAAUACUGGUACAUAAAUUUGAAUGUGGCACAUCAUCCGAAAGGUCAUCCUGGCAAGUCUCAUCUUUCAAAAGUAGUUGACCCAGGAGAGAGUGCAUCUGAAGAGAGGAGUGCUCGGCGCACAGUGUUAGAAUCAUCUCUUCGUGAAGUUAUGUUUCAGAUAAUAAAAUUUGUAAAUGAAAAAAAGGACCAUAUUCCUGCGAUAUCAAAUCUUGAUUGUGUCACAUUUCCUUAUGAGAUCACUAUCUCAAGUUCAUCAGAUUCUGCUUUUGGGAUGGAUGUGAUCAGGAGGAUGCUACAGACUGGGCAUCCAACCAUGCUCAGCUGAUUGGCGAUGUCGUGAUGGUGGCCAAUCUUCACUUUAUGUCAUUCCUAAGAGGUAAAAUGGUCGUUCAUCCGAUGUCUGGCAAUGUAAAUAUUUCGCAGCAAAGUGGAGUAUGGGUUUGGAGUCGCACAAUUGAAAGAAAUGAAAGCUUCAUGUACAUAUUUACGUAAUCUACUAAUGUUUAAUCUUGUUUUCCCCUUCAUGUUUCAUACAAUAGUAAAUGACAUAUGUAGCUGAAUAUUAUUGCAUGAUCAAUCUAAUUAAUUUGUUUACUGCAGCA